AUGGCGGACAACAGCGACCAAGCAGCGAAAGCUGCCUCAACACCUAGCGAUCAGCAACUCACUGAGCGUGAAUGUGACGCUCGUUACGCAAUACCACACGCGGUACCGUACAAGGAUCCAGAUCCUCCGAAUCCCAUCAAUCUAAGCGUGCUUCCAAUGGUCCACCACCCCCUAUCUCCCGAAACCGACUCCAUCACCACUCCCAGCUGGCCCUCUCAAGUAACCCCCACCUUGGCCCAAGUCUUCGCCGGCGUCGUCGCCAACCCGGACAUGAUCCACAAACGCAGCACCUGCGCCAUCACCCCCGUGGAGCGCGGCUACUGGCACCUCGACCCCUCUUCCUGGCCGCUGGACAUCCAAGCCGACUUCUGGCGCAUCGUCGGCGACAACAUCCGCGCCGGCAACUGCGGCUGGAACGUGUGGUGCACGCGGGAGGUGAGCAGUGAGUUCCCGGCUUGCGCGGAGAUCCAAGCAGACGGGGGGUUGGGGAUUGUUAGGUUCUGGUGCUGGGGCGAGAUUGUCGGGCAUGUGUGGGCUUUUAUGGUUGUUGCGAGUGGGCGGUGGGUUAAGUGGACGGGGGCGAGGUGGGUUGCGGGGAGGGGGGAGGUUGUGGUGGAGAUGGAAGCGGUGCCCAGGCAAUCGAGGGGUUUGGAUCAGUAG